CACCGUUAAAGAGCGCUCCACCGCUGGUGCAGCCUGCUGUAAAGCAUUUCUAUCUUCUACAAGGCAAAAAUGAACGUCCUGCUCAAAUAUUUACCAAAAAAGUGUCACUAUAGCUGCCCUGUCAUAAGGUUUAUUAGUGUUUCAGUUUUUUCAGUAAAUUCUACGUUUUUUCCGUAUCAUUUAGUGGAUUUAUUAAUUUUAUUUUUACUUUAGCACAACUAAUAUAUUUCCUCACAAGAGUUAUUUUCAAUAUACUUCACGUGACAUGGCUAAACUUUGAAACAUUGCUAUUGGAAAUGAUCAAGCAAAGCCCUCGGCCAGAAAGUGUACGGCGCAAGAGAGUAGGUAUAGGCUCAGAAGUCUUAACGUCUCAAGAUGUAUUAGAGCAUCUACAAAAAACUAAAGAUGGUAAACAACUCAAAAUACAAAACAUAGUUAAAUCAAGAUGCCGCAAGAAGGAAGAUAUUAGUAGCAAUGAUGAAGACGAAGAGGAAAAAAUAGAAUACAUAGAAUUAGAUAAUGAAGGGGAGUUCCUACAGAAUAUAGUGCAAGAAAGUGAAAUUCAGGACAGAGAAGAAAACGAAUUAAAUCAAGAAGAAAAGGAAAUGAAAUGGGUUUUAGUAAAGUACACGUCAAAGAAGAACACGAAGCACUAUGUUGGCCGUGUAACACGACGUGUGGAAGAUGAAUGGGAAGUAAAAUUUUUAAAACGAAUUUCAACUAAACAACAAGAUACGAUAAGAUUUGAUUGGCCUCCUGCAGACGAUAUUGACACGGUAAACGAAGCAGAUAUUGCAUUGACUUUGCCAGAACCACUUGAAGAUAGAAGAGGGUUACUGUAUUUUAUUAUCUUGUUUGAUGGAUUUAAUAUUUAA